GCGGGCGGCCGGGGCGGGCGAGGCGUCCCAGAGCCGCGGGAAGCGGACCGGGGGCGCGGGGCCUGGCUGGGGGGGGUCGGGCGGGUCCAGCCGCAGCAGGAGCAGCCCGGGGUGGACCGAGACGCGGGAUUCGUCGGUACCAACCGAACCCAUCCCUUACUGUCGUGAGUUGGACUUCACUGCGCCCCAGAACCGGGGGCCCCAGCCGGAGCCCCCGGACCCUCCGCCGCACGUAGCCUGUUGUCCGAGCGGCCGGAGACAGACCCAGACCAGACGAGACCCGGAGUCCCUUUCUCGGGGGCAGCACAGGGCGGUGCGGGCCCUCUGAGAGUUCUGCUGGGGUGUCGGGAGCUCGGACGCUGCCCAGGCUUCCGAGGACUGCGGCUUCCGGCGCGUCCUGUCCGGAGUGGUGCGCGCCCAGACCCGGGAUGUACAUGCAGGUGGAGUCCCGCACCAGCUCCUGCCUCCAUCUGAAGAGGGCUCCAGGCAUCAGGUCCUGGUCUUUGCUUGUUGGAAUCUUGUCGAUUGGCUUGGCUGCUGCCUACUACAGUGCAGAUAGUCUGGGCUGGAAGCUCUUCUAUGUCACGGGCUGCCUGUUCGUGGCCGUGCAGAACCUGGAGGACUGGGAGGAAGCCGUCUUCAACAAGAACACCGGGCAGGUUGUCCUGAAGACAUUCAGCUUGUACAGGAAGCUGCUGACUCUUCUCAGAGCCGGCCACGACCAAGUGGUGGUCCUGCUGAAUGACAUCCGGGAUGUGAACGUGGAGGAGGAGAAAGUCCGGUAUUUUGGGAAGGGCUACGUGGUGGUGUUGCGGUUCGCAACAGGCUUCUCCCACCCCCUCACACAGAGUGCGGUCAUGGGCCACCGCAGUGAUGUGGAAGCCAUCGCCAAGCUUAUUGCCACCUUCCUGGAACUGCACCGACUGGAGAGUCCCGUGGAGCUGUCUCAGAGCAGUGACAGCGAGGCUGAUGGCCCGGGGAGCCAGAGCUAACGCCCAUAGAGCCCCUGGCCUUGGUUCUGGUGGGCCACCGGCAAGCCUUCCUCCAGCGCCUGGUUGUGUCCCCACUGGCCCCAGGGUGGGACCCUCUGCCAUUCCUGCUGCUUGCUUCUGCCCUCUGAGCAAAACCACAGGCUGGACCUUCUGCAGGCUCUGAGCUGUCCAGGGAGGGCACAGGCCUCAGAGCUGCCUCCUGGCAUCAGAGGGCUGGCCCCAGCCUGGGCAGUGACGGGGGACUCUGAGAGCACACGUACCCCACUGCCCACCAGCUGCGUGGGGAUCAGGUCUUUGAAAUGGGACACCCAGGGAGGUUCGUCAGUCCCCCGCAGUUCAGCUCCCCAGUGACAGCAAGGCUUCAGCAGGUGUGCACAGUGCCGACAGCUGGGUCAGGCUCAGAGGGAGCCAGGAGGACGCCCACACUGGCUUGAUGUCCCCAGGGAUCCCAAUGGGCCCUGCCCCACAUGCUACAGCCCUUCCCUGGCUCAGUCCCCUCCGAGGCUAGAGUGCGGUGCUUGCCCAGGCUCUGCAGGGCCCAGGGCGGGCGCUGAGGCUCCCACCUGGCUGUGUGCACUGCAGCCACUCCCAAGGCCUCCCCAGCCUGCACACAGCCCCUGACCAGCCGGGCCUGCCACAGGGCUUGUGCAGGGACAGAGAGGCCCCACACAGAGCCUAGGCAGGGUGGCUCCCUUAGGAACCCAGGCAGGACGUGGGGCCUAGGGCUGCUGCAGCAGCCCCCACAGAGGGGAGGCAGUGAGGCAACUCUGAGCCCGGCACUCAGGAGCUGAGCCAGGAGCAGCUAGGAAGCGGGGAGCCCCGCAGAGGAGGGUCGUCUCUGGGGAGCCCUGUCCCCUUCUCCAGAGAGGCCACCAACAGCUCUAGUUUGGGGAACAGUCAUUGACACAUGCCAAAGUUGAGUUUUUAAGUGGUAAAAUUUGAAAGCUUUCUUUUUCUAAAAUAAAGUAUGAAAUGCCA